AUGUCGGUCAAAACUAAAAACUCAAAAAUAUUUCCAUAUGAAUGUCGAAUAUGUGGUGCCCCUGCUGAAUAUUCAUUUUUUGGUGUUAUUUCAUGUUAUGCAUGUAAAAUGUUCUUUAAACGAAAUGCUAAUGUUGGACAAGCAACAUUCAUAUGUAAUUUUAAUAAUCAAUGUCAAAUGAAUCGAUAUAAUCGUCAUAUGUGUUCAGCAUGUCGACUUGCUAAAUGUUUUAAAUCUGGAAUGAAAACUGAAAAAUUUCGAGCAUCAAGAAAGUCUAAAUCAACAAUAAAUACUUUAUGUAAAAUACAAGUACAACAUCAAUCAGAUAGGCUUCCAACAUUAAAUCUUUUACAAUCAGAUCAAUCAUUAUUAACUAUUGAUCAAUGGACACUUCUUACAAAUUUAUAUCAUUGUUAUAAUGAAUCUCAAAUUUUACCAUUUACUCAACGUUUAGUAGAUAAAUACGAUAGUUCAAUAUCCAAUUAUAUGAUUUACAAAGUAUUUGUAGAAGAAUUCUUAGUAUCAAUUUAUGAAACAGCAGGUACAUAUCUUCGUUCAAAUGAUGAUCUUCGUAAAUUAUCAUCGGAUGAUCGUUCUAUAAUACUUCGUACUGCUGCUGAUAAUGUAUGCUGUAUGAGUGGUACAUUUAUUAUGCAAUAUUCUUAUUUAUAUGGUCUUGAUGCUUUCUUGAAUGCUAUGAUUGUCAAAUAUGGAAAACGUACAAUGGAUAUUCAUAUUUGGGCAAGAAAAUAUAUUGAUCCUGAUAUUGUAUUGGCUAAAUUAUCAAUAUCAUUGUUUGCUUUUUCGGAAAAUACUUGUUGUUAUUAUUCAAAUAUUUCGAAAGAUUUAACAAAUUCUAUUAAUAUUUUAAAAAUUCAAAAUAAAUAUGUAGAAGUAACAUGGAAAUAUCUUCUUUAUAAACAUGGUUAUUAUGAUGCUGUGAAACGAUAUCUUAAUAUAAUUCUUUGGCUUACAUCUAUGAGUAUUUUAACAUUUCAUGCUCAAACUCUUAAAGCUCAUAUUAAUGAUGUUUAUUCAAUAAUUGAACAAACUGAAUUAACACUUAUAUUAGAUGAUGUUGAUCAAAUAAUUGAAACAAAACAAUAA